AUAUUACUGUAGAGAAAGUCGAAAGCCCGAACUGGCUGAAGACGAUGUCAGCGACGAGGGUUGUGGUCCCAGUGACCGACAACUCCAGUAUUCCGAUUCUAGGCAUUGCAUUUACCAUUCUCGGUUCUGGAAUCAGCCAGUUCUUCUCGCUGCUAUAUCCGUUUGCUAAUAUCGUUGCCCUCGUUGCAGAGCUCCUAGCCUAUUUAAUCGAUGUCUGUCUACUCAAACUCCUCCCUCUAACUACUUUUCGUAUCGGCUGCCUGUUAUUUAGCACGCACAUAAUUAUGAUCAUGGACAAUGAUCCUUUCGGAUCCAGUUCUACAAUCGCCACAAAUAUCAUCCAGGCAUCUAGUCGUGCUUACUACAACCUCAGGAUGAAGCCAAGUUCUACGUCGUGGUUGUUCUCUGUCACAACUGCUAUGCUUUGGAGCUGCGGGGCUCGCAGCCCCCUGGCUGAUAGAGCCGGCGCGUAUCGUUUGGCCUGGCGUUCUGUCGAACUGCGCCAUGCUGCAGAGUCUGCACUCCCGAGCAAAUACCAGUGCAGACGGAUGGUGCAUAUUCUGUCUACGCUUCUUCCUAUGCGUGACAGCCAACGGAUCAGGCUUAAGAACGUCGUUAUCAACCAGUUAUUCGGAAUGCAGACAGGGCUCAGAUUGCGUAUAGUACUAAUUCCCUCUUACCACCCUCCUGAGCAGCCCUCAACGUCUUUGCAGUCUUUGUCAUCUUCUUCUGGAUCGCCCGUUCCGUAA